AUGCUUAUUAUUCUCAAAAUCCUACAGAUUUUGGAAGGAGUAAAACAGCAAAUUUUGCCUAGUUCACACCCAGCAUCAGUGAGAGUUUCAAGAGUAGUUCAUCGUAUCCUCACUGCUAACAGCGACAUUGAAGAAGUGAGAAGAAAGACGUGGAAUGUUGCAGUUAUUGAGAGCUCUCUUGAAAAUGCAUUUGUGUUACCUAUUGGUUAUGUCUUUGUUUUUACUGGAAUGUUAAAACUAUGCAGCAAUGAUGAUCAACUUGGCACAAUUCUUGCUCAUGAAAUUGCUCACUGCAUCCAAAACCAUGGGGCUGAGAAUGUGAGUUUUGUUCAUCUGCUAGAUUUGCUCUCAAUUAUUAUCAUUGCUGCUAUCUGGGCUGUUCUUCCUAGUGAUAGCAUCUCCGUUCUUACUCAUUGGCUCUAUCAAAAAUCCAUUCAAAUAUUUCUACAACUUCCAUACAGCAGAAAAAUAGAAACCGAAGCAGAUAAUGUUGGGCUACAACUUGCUGCUAAAGCUUGCUUUGAUGUGCGUGAAAGUAGUGCCUUUUGGUCCAAGAUGGCAAUUUUAAAGAAUACUUUUGGAUCAAAUUCAGAGAUCGAAUUUUUGUCAACCCAUCCAAGUCAUGAAAAAAGAUCAGAGUAUUUAGAUGGUUUAAUGGAGGAAGCACUGAAGAUCCGGACUGAAUCUGGAUGUCCAAGACUCAGAGCUACAGAUCCUAGAAUGGAUGUUGAAGAUGUUGCAAAAGCUUUGGAAGUUGCUAGGAAAGCUUUGAAUGAUAAUCCUAAGCCUGUUUUUGUGUAUGCUACUACAUGACUUUGAAAACUGUAAAAUAAUAGUUUAUUAUUAAAAAAUAUAUAUAUUUUAAAGUAAUGAUUUUUUACAAAUAUGUUGAUGCUGCAAUAUGUUGUGAUAUUUAGGACAGUGAAAUGUUUACUUGUGUGUAAAUUGCC